UCUCUCUCUCUCUCUUCCUUUGGCUUCCCCUCCAAGCUCUUGUUCAAAAGAAGACGCUACGAAAAAGAGCGAAGAACAUGAAGUACGAGCAGAGGCUGAAAGCAGCCGCGAGCAUCGUGCUCGCGGCGGACGCGGGUGCCGCCGACGCGCUGAUCGACGGUUCGGAGCUGGGGAUCCGGGCGACCUUGAAGCCUCACCAAGUGGAAGGAGUCUCGUGGCUGAUAAGGAGGUACAACCUCGGCGUCAACGUCAUUCUCGGAGAUGAGAUGGGUUUAGGGAAGACAUUGCAAGCUAUUUCAUUGUUGAGCUAUUUGAAGGUUUCUCAAGUGUCGUCUGGGCCAUUUUUGGUGUUAUGUCCUCUUAGCGUGACUGAUGGCUGGGUGUCAGAGAUAGUCAAUUUUGCCCCCAUCCUGAAGGUUCUUAGGUAUGUUGGCGAGAAAGAAAACCGUCGCAGUCUGCGUAAAAUGAUGUAUGAUCAUGUGAAACAGCAUCAUUCAUCAACUGAUGCUAUGUCUCUACCAUUUGAUGUACUAUUGACAACAUAUGACAUUGCAUUGAUGGAUCAGGAGUUUCUUUCCCAAGUACCCUGGCAAUAUGCUAUAGUUGAUGAGGCUCAGCGUCUUAAGAAUCCUUCAAGUGUACUCUAUCACGUCCUCAUGGACCAAUAUAUUAUUCCAAGGCGAUUAUUGAUGACUGGCACUCCCAUUCAGAACAACCUCUCUGAACUAUGGUCAUUGAUGCAUUUUUGUAUGCCUUUAGUCUUUGGUACGUUGGAGGAGUUUCUUUCGACAUUCAAGGAGGCUGCAGAUCCUUCAUCAGUUCAUGAUGAAACCGAGGUCAGGAAGCAGGUCAGAAGUUUGAGACGUAUUUUGAGAGCAUUUAUGCUACGCCGAACUAAAUCUAAACUUAUCGAGGGUGGGACAUUGGUGCUGCCUCCUCUUACUGAGAUAACAGUAAUGGCUCCGAUGGUUGACUUGCAAAAAAAGUUGUACCUGUCAAUAUUGAAGAAAGAGCUUCCAAAACUCCUUGCACUCUCUUGUGGAGCUUCCAGUACUCAAUCCUUACAGAAUAUUGUAAUGCAGUUGCGAAAAGCCUGCAGCCACCCGUACCUAUUCCCAGGUAUUGAACCUGAACCAUAUGAAGAAGGUGAACAUCUGGUUGAGGCUAGUGGCAAACUGAUAAUAUUGGAUCAACUUCUCCGCAAGCUACAUACCUCUGGUCACCGUGUUCUUCUUUUUGCCCAGAUGACCCACACGCUUGACAUUCUACAGGAUUAUCUGGAGCUACGGAGAUUUUCUUAUGAGCGUCUUGAUGGAUCAAUUCGGGCUCAAGAACGUUUUGCUGCAAUUAGAAGCUUUAGCCAACAAUCGGUAAAAGACGAUUGGAAUUCUGGACCUAAUCAAAAUGGUGCAUUUGUUUUCAUGAUAUCUACAAGAGCUGGUGGACUUGGUUUAAAUCUGGUAGCUGCUGAUACGGUUAUAUUUUUCGAGCAAGAUUGGAACCCCCAGGUAGACAAGCAGGCUCUGCAGCGUGCUCACCGGAUAGGUCAAAUAAGUCAUGUGUUAUCCAUAAACUUGGUCACGGCACGUACAGUUGAGGAGGUUAUUAUGAGGAGAGCACGGAGAAAAAUGCUCCUCAGCCAAAAUGUCAUAGGAGAUGGUUCUACAGAGAAAGGAGAUGAAAGUGAAGGUGUUGAAACCGGUGAUUUUCACUCCAUCAUAUAUGGGCUGCAAAUGUUUGAUCCUACCGAGAUUAAUGAAAAGUCGGGUGAAGCGAAGCUGUCAGAAGUGAAUGCUGUGGUUGAAAAGAUAAUCGCAAUGCGCCAUGAAUUGGGCAAGGAUGAGAGGAAAUUUGAGAUUGAUCCUGCCAAUGUAUCAGACGCCCACGAACUUAUUGCGGAAAGAAGUUCUGCUUCUGUUGCUUUUGACCCUGGUUUUGAUGAGUCUUCUUAUCUUUCAUGGGUUGAAAAAUUUAAGGAUGCAUCACAGGCUAGUAUUGAACAGACUGAGCAUUUGGAGCCCAGGAGGGCCUUAGAGGACAGGCGUUUAAAAAUCGAGGAUGCAAAGAAGAAGGCAGAGGAAAAAAAGUUGUUAAAGUGGGAAUCCCUUGGAUAUACUUCAUCAUCUGUCAAUGAACCUAUUUUUCCAACCGACCGCGACAUAUCAUCGGAUUUGGGUUCUCUCCAUUUUGUUUAUGGGGAUUGCACACAACCAUCUAAAGUUUGUCCUUCUGAAAAUACCAUCAUAUUCAGUUGCAUCGACAACUCUGGGAAAUGGGGCCAUGGGGGGAUGUUUGAUGCAUUGGCAAAACUUUCUUCAGAUAUUCCUGCCGCAUAUGAACGUGCUGCCGAAUUUGGGGACUUGCAUCUUGGUGAUCUUCAUCUCAUACAGAUUGAUGGGUGCACCGCAGACCACAAACACGAGCAGAAUGUGUGCGAUGAUCAUACUAAAUGGGUGGCUUUAGCUGUUGUACAAUUGUACAACCCAAGGCGUAAGGUUCCCCGAAGCAACAUCUCUUUGCCUGACGUGGAACGUUGCCUCUCAAAGGCAUCCUAUGCAGCUGCUCAGAAUUCUGCUUCAAUUCACAUGCCGCGUGUUGGCUAUCAAGAUGGAUCAGAUCGCUCUGAAUGGUACACCGUGGAACGCCUUCUUCGGAAAUAUGCCACCAUCUUUGGCAUAAAGAUAUUUGUGUACUAUUAUCGACGUCAGUCAUGAGACCGUUGCUGUCAUUGACCCCAUAUCACUGCUGAAAGCUACGGUUGAAUUA